UUUUUAAAAGAAAAAAAUUCUUUACCACUGAUUGUUUUGACGACAGGUUUAAAUACCAAAAAUACAAAUUUACAACAUUAUUUAAAGAUAAAAAUUUUGCAAAAAUGAUUACUUUAGUCGAAAAAUUACUCUGUCAAGACUGUCAUUUUAAUCAUGUUAAAGGGGCCGAUUUAAUGAGAAAUCUUAAAUAUCUAGCCAAAUAUAUUUCAGGCAUGACUAUAAAUUUAGAUUUUUUUACUAAUUCUUUGGAUUUUCUUGAUGAAUUUUUCAUAAAAUUAAAAAAAUAA